CAAGGAGGAGGGCGAGAUGUGGCCGGGGAAGACGGUGUUCUUGGUCAAGUUUCAGCCCGAGGUUCUGGAGAGGGAGGCGUUGUUUGGGAAAGGGUGAGCAGGCAUACAGCGGGGGGCGUGUGGAUUGCCGUAUGAGGGAAUCGGAGAUCCGGUGGGGUUCGGGGCAUUUGGGCUGGCGUUUGGGUUUCUUGGGAACGAAUUGGUUUACGGGUUUGGUCAUGGUAGUUGGUGUCACGUUUUUCCGCGUCCGGCUUCUAGACGGAGAUGCAAAAAUCACGCGUAUCCUAAUGUUGAUCGCUUGUCAAAUGCUAUGUCCAUAACGCCUUCCGUAAUCCUCCCAUAAUGCUUCCGGGAUGCUGACGAUACCCUUUACCUUC